AUGGUAAGCAUAAAAUCGCUGACCUCAGUCCUCGCCAUUGGUGCUUGUGCCUCCGCAAAAUGGAUCGUUCCCGGAGCAAGAUGGGUUGAUACCGAUGGCAAUAUAUUCAACGCCCAUGCAGGUGGACUUUGCAUUGACCAAGAGAGCGGUCGCUUCUACUGGUUUGGUGAAUACAAGGUAGAGGGACACGUUGAGGGUGGCGGAAUUUCCGUUUAUAGUUCCGAUGAUCUCGCGACUUGGACCUCGCAUGGAUUGGCUCUAGAGCCAAUCGAGAACCACACCUACAUAUCACCACAUAAUCGUAUUCAGAGGCCGAAGGUCAUCUUCAGCGUGGAAACUGGGCAGUAUCAUAUGUGGUGGCACGCCGACGACAACCUCUACUCGUGGCUGCUACAGGGCCUCGCAACCUCGGAUAACAUAGCAGGGCCCUACACGUUUGUUUCCGCGACAUCCCCGCUGGGAAACUGGUCGCAAGACUUUGGGGCGUUUACCGACUACAAGACCGGCAACUCGUACGCGCUCUAUUCUAAUGGUGAUAGCGUCGAGGGUCGUGAUGUUUAUCUUAGCAAGUUCAACAAAGACCUUACCGCUGUUGAGAAAAUCACAUACCGUUUCCCCAAGUAUGACUUUGAGGCGCCAACGGUUUUGCAGACGGAGAAGGGCUAUUAUGCGCUCAUGAGCCACAAGACCGGGUACCGGCCUAAUAAUGUCGUGGCAAUGCGGGCCGAUCAGCUCGAUGGACCCUGGUCCCAGCCGUUUUUCGUCUCACCAGCAUAUACUCGGACGUUCAGUACACAGUCUGGAUUUUCCUGGAGAAUCCAAGGGACGAAGCAGACAACCUAUCUGUAUAUGGCAGAUCAAUGGGACAUGAAUUCCCUUUGGGAAAGCCGCAACGUGUGGCUCCCGAUUAGGAUUGACGAGCUGAAUGGAAGCCUUGAGGUCGUCUGGCAUGAUAUUUACGAUCUGGAUGUCAAAUCCGGCGAAUGGAAGCCGAUCGCGGGCAAGGCAUAUAUCUCCAAGGAAGCAAAGCUCGCCGGUGACGCAUACCUUCAGGAAGCGAGCUUUGCUAGUGGCAACCGCAUCGCAACGGGCAUUUACGGCAACGACAGCACAGUCACGUUUACGGUACAAGGCCAAGGAACAGAACAAUGGGUUUCAUUCUACCACCAAAACACGGAUGAUAUGGGCUUCGGCGACCAGCCAAUGGGCCAACCGGACCGAAUCAACGGUACCUGGCAGCUGCGCCGGAUUAGCAGCGUCGUCGUAAAUGGCGACACGGAGAAUGUGCACACGCUGUACCAGAAGGAUACACACAAGGGAAUUAUUCUUUCGACGCCCCUCUUGCUACCGUUGAAGAAGGGUGCCAAUACGAUUACCGUUGGUGGACUGUACAACGGGUUCGACUACAAGGGUGCUGACUUGGAUCGUAUUGUGGUUUAUCCUCCUGAAAAGCGGGAGCAAGAAAAGCGGAAGCAAAUGGAGCGGAGAUGGUUUGAUUGGUUGCUUUAG